AUGGGGGACUGGUCAAUUCUGGGCCGCUUUCUAACAGAGGUACAGAAUCAUUCGACAGUCAUUGGAAAGAUCUGGCUCACAGUGCUCCUGAUUUUUAGGAUACUGCUGGUGACACUUGUGGGAGAUGCCGUGUACAGCGACGAGCAAUCCAAGUUCACCUGCAAUACACUGCAGCCGGGCUGCAACAAUGUCUGCUAUGACACUUUUGCCCCCGUCUCACACUUGCGCUUCUGGGUCUUCCAGAUUGUGCUGGUCUCAACACCAUCCAUCUUCUACAUCAUCUAUGUCCUGCACAAAAUCACCAAAGACGAAAAGCUAGAGACAGAGAGGGUUCAGGCAGAGGCCAAGCACCCAGCAGGGGACUAUCCUGGGAGGUUGGAAGGGGAGGGUGUCAAACCAGCAUAUGGGCCCCAGGGGGAAGAGUGGGGUGGUCAGGAUGAGGGGAGUGUGGAGCAAAGCCUACUGCAGAAAGAUUUUGGUGAGGUGGGCAAAGACCCAACCACACUCUCCAGUCAGGUUCUGCUGAUCUAUAUUGUUCACGUGCUGAUCCGUUCUGUUUUGGAGAUCACCUUUCUUGUCGGUCAGUACUACCUGUUUGGAUUUGAGGUGCCUCAUUUGUUCCGCUGUGAAACCUACCCCUGCCCGACACGGACUGACUGUUUUGUGUCACGAGCCACUGAAAAGACUAUCUUCCUUAAUUUUAUGUUUAGCACCAGCCUGGGCUGUUUUCUCUUAAACAUUGUGGAGCUUCACUACCUUGGCUGGAUUUAUAUUUUCCGCAUGCUAUGUGCUGCAUGCUUCCUAUGCUGUAGGCCCGAAAGGGAACUGUACCCUCAACACAAUCCUUUGCUGCUAAGGCUCAGACACUCAAUGCGUGGCAGGCUAGUCCUGCAGUCCCCCAUAACAGCCCUGUCUCAGGAGAAGACAGGGACAUCUUUGCUUUCACAUGCCCCAUCAAUCUUCUUUGAGACCGACUCCACUCUGGAGUGCACUUCAAAGAGGAACCUAGAGGAGAGGGAACGCAUGAGGAUGAAAUUGGCCAACAUGGCUAGAUUUGGUGGCAAAAAGUCCUGGUUGUAA